UAAUAUUUACUCCGGAACGAGUUUUCUUCGGUUGCACACACAGCAACGAUUAGCAAGAGGCUCGCUCACCUUAUCUCUUAUCGCAUAAUUUCCGUCGAAUAUGUCGACAAGAUUCCAAUAAAUAAUUUUAGUGUCGAGCAAACCCGCGAGAAAGCAAACAGCAUUUAUUGACAGUGUACUCUGAACUCCCAGUAAGAAAUGGAUUCUCCUACCUCCGAGACUACCUCGCCUCCGCCCGCACCAUUUGGUCCAUUCGUGGGGGCAAUUGACGAGGGAACCACCUCUGCCCGGUUCAUCAUAUUCCGCGCCGGCACUGACGAAAUUGUGUGCUUCCACCAAAUCGAGGUGGAAUCAAUUUUCCAGAAGGAAGGAUGGUGCGAACAGGAUCCCAUGGCCAUAAUAAAAACAGUCAACGAGUGCAUCGAUGGAGCGUGCAAGAAACUCGUAGCCGUGGGCGGCAAAGUUGAGGAUAUUAUUACUAUUGGCAUAACCAACCAACGCGAGUCUACCGUUGUGUGGGAUCGACACACCGGCCAGCCGCUAGUUAACGCCAUCAUAUGGCUGGACAAUCGGACCACCACCACGGUGGAAGAGUUGCUAGAAACGAUUCCCAACAACGCCAGGAACAUCAAUUACCUACGACCGCUGUGUGGACUCCCACUUUCCCCGUACUUCUCGGGCGUAAAGCUCCGAUGGCUGAGGGACAACGUUCCGGUGGUCAACCAGGCCUUCUCGAAGGGUUCUGCAAUGUUCGGAACCAUAGAUACCUGGUUGAUGUACAACCUGACGGGCGGAAAACACGGUGGCGUCCACAAGACGGACGUCACCAACGCCUCCCGGACCAUGCUCAUGAACAUCGAAACCCUCCAGUGGGAUCUCAAUUUGCUCAAGUUCUUCGGUCUGCCCAAGAGUAUUCUACCGGAAAUCUGCUCAAGCGCGGAAUUCUACGGCAACAUUGCGCAGGGUGUGCUUAAGGACAUCAGCAUAAGCUCGGAUUUGGGCGACCAGCAGGCGGCUUUGGUGGGACAGCAGUGUAUGGCCAAGGGACAGGCCAAGGCCACGUACGGCACUGGAUGUUUCCUGCUCUACAACACAGGAUCCUCCAUCGUGCACUCCCAACACGGACUGUUAACAACGGUGGGCUACCAACUGGGCAGGAAAGCAACCCCCUUUUACGCCCUCGAGGGCAGCGUGUCCAUUGCCGGCGCAGCCUUUAACUGGCUGCGCGACAACAUUAACCUUAUCCAGAACUCGGGCCAGAUCGAGACCAUGGCCAGCACUGUGGAUAACUCCCUGGAUGUGUACUUCGUGCCAGCCUUCAAUGGACUCUACGCUCCCUACUGGAACCAGGACGCCCGUGGUGUUAUUUGCGGACUAAGUGAGGAGACAACAAGUGAACACAUAGUGCGUGCCACCCUGGAGGCGGUUUGUUUCCAGGUCCGGGAUAUUCUUGAUUCGAUGCAUAAGGAUUGCAAAAUCCCGCUGGCCAAGCUGAUGGUGGACGGGGGCAUGACUGUAAAUAACCUGUUCCUGCAACUGCAGUCCGACCUGGUCGGAAUUCAAGUGCUCAGGGCGAAGAUCGCGGAGACAACAGCGCUGGGAGCUGCCAUGGCAGCCUACAAAGCUGUGGAGAGUCGCUACCAAAUGGAGGCGCCCCUCUCAAAGUCUGGACCCCGGGAAGCUAUCAAGCCGUCGAUCAGUGCCACCGACCGCAACCUACGGUACCAGAAGUGGAAAAUGGCCAUCGAGCGCUCUCUGAACUGGGAGACCUCGACCCUUCCGCACGGGGAACGCGAGGCCUUUGAUGGACCGUAGGCGCAGCUAAUCCCCGGUAAUUUUUUUGAUCAUAAUUUGUAGUUGAUGGUUUUACUAAUGUCGCCCUAGUCAGUGGCCUAAAUUUGGUUAUUUUGCGUUCGAAAUUUCAAUUUAUUGCGUAUAUAAAAAUGUUGAUGAAAAACGUA